AUGCGCCUCACAGUCGAGCUGAUCCAAAAUUCCCUGUCGUACAUCAAUCCGUUAAAGGAUCGCGAGCUAGAUCUUCGAGGGCACAAGAUCCCCGCAAUUGAGAACUUGGGUAUUGCAAAGGACCAAGAUGCAAUCGACUUCACCGAUAACGACAUUUCCUCGCUGGGCAACUUCCCGUUUUUCCCACGGCUGCACACGCUUCUCCUCGCGAGAAACCGAGUCCGACAGAUCCAGUCGAACGUUUCGACCUCGAUUCCUAGUCUCUCGACGCUCGUCUUGACCGCGAACAAUAUUGCCGAGCUGGCGGAUUUAGACCCCCUGCGGGGUCUUACGAAACUGACGCAUCUGGUGUUGUUAGAGAAUCCGGUUACGAGGAAGGAGAACUACCGCCUCUGGAUAAUCUGGCGCAUCCCGAGCGUCCGCUUCCUCGACUACCAAAAAGUAAAAGACGCCGAGCGCGCCAAAGCCACAGAACUGUUCGGCACAGCCAAGGAGCCCACCGCGCUUGCAUCCAAGAUCUUAGGCGUGAAAUCACGCACCUUCGACCUCCCCUCCGGCGGCGCGGACCGCGCACCCGCAGAGAAGAGCCUCCGCGUGAAGCUCACAGAUACGGAGCGGAAGAGGAUCGAGAAGAUGAUUCGGGAGGCGAAGAGUCUGCAGGAGAUUACACGGUUGGAGCGCGAGCUCAACGAAGGCAGGAUACCUGGGGCUGGGCUCGAUGGGGCGGAGAGCGGGGAUGAGGAUCGCAUGCAGAUGUGA